AGAUGAUCAUCAGAAAUGAAUUGCAAUGUUGUUUUUGUCCAUGUUUCGUGUUUUGUGAAGAUGAAGUUAAGGCAUCAAGUAUUUGCGUAAGCUGCAUCAGCGAGUACAACACAAACAGAAUUGUGCUUGUACUGCUAGAUCACAUUCUCGUUGCAGUUCCUCUGAAGAAACAGAAAAAGUUCGUUCUUUUUCAGCAUUUUUACGGUUCUUGAUCUCGUGUACAUUGCAGGUUGUUCUUUCUUGAAUGGUCGUAGUGCACAUUCGCAUUCAUGACAAUUGUCGUUCGACUUGUUGAUCAAAGACAUCAACAAAUGUGAUCACUCAUUGUCAUUUUUCUCAUUACUCUCAGUGUUUUGAAACAAAGAAACUAGCACAGAUAAUAUCACCUUGGUGUAGUUGAUAUUUUCUUCGAUCUGCUCCUGCUGUCAAGAUUUCUUUGUUUCUCCCAAUACUCGUAGCUCAACUACAGUUACCUCAAAGUUCUAAGUACUAUAUGACCCACAAGCAACAUACGUCUCUCGUUCUCCGUCUGAAACUACAGCACGUAGAACGAUUUACAACAACGCAGAAAACACGAAAGAAUCGUCGAAGCAACUACUUCCUCUUUUAAAAGGACGAAGCAAUUGCAGAAGUUUUCUGCCGAAUAUCAAGAAAGUUGUUGUACAUGAUCAAGUAGAAGUACCUAGUUGUACAACAUCUUCGCAGGACCUUUAAGAGCAACCUUUUGUUGUUCUUCGUAACAAAUACCACACCCACGACUACGAUCUUCUUCGAUUUUCCGACGUCUUGAAAAAUCUCGCUGUUUUUAUUCGACGCUGUACGAGAAGGAACGAACACCGCCCAAGAUGAUGCCAAACCCGCAAGACCAGCAAGUGUACGCUAGCGUGCUCAACGACUUAAUCCCAUACAUCUCUGAGUACGUUGACAACCAAGGUGGUCUCAUCUCGCUCUCUGUGCUCACGCAGGAUCCUCAUGUAAUUACUUUUUCCUUGUUGGAUUUUGAUUUCGUUACAGUUUUUGUCUGUCUUUUUUGUUCUCUCUCUCAUAGUAUGGCGUGGUGUUACAGCGGCCACAAACUGAGACGACGAUUUCGAGAACUUACCACUCGUUUAUUCUUUUUGCUACACCUAGAUGACCUAAGUACUACAUCAUACAUGCUGCUUAGUAUGAUCGUCGUGAGAAGUAUAUUUAUGCACUGGAGGAGCUUGCGGGGGAAGUGAUUAUACUAACUGGUGAGUUAACUUAGGUGAGAGAAAAGAUACGCUCUCUGGAAGGUUCCUGGACGACAGUCGACAAAAAAUGUCGGCUGAGGGACCAACUAGGGAGAGGGUUGGGGGCAACGGGCCCCGCGAACCCCGUCGUGUGCGGUGCAAAAAAUGCACUCACGCGCGACGCCGCCGGUCGAUGCAAUGGCGCAUCUCGGCGAAGGCGAACCACGGUUCGCGCCUCCGCGGAGGCUCGGGUGCGGUCGGGUGAGAGCGUUAAUGCUACACCCACGGGGCGGAGUUCACAUGCAGAGCGGAGCAGAGCGGAGCGGAGCGGAGCGGGCUGCCGGCGCACGGGCCAAAGCGCUCGUGCGUAGGCCGCGGGAGGGCCAACGCGCCCUCCGGCGGUGCGGUGGGCAGGCGCGUGGCGCCCAGUGGGGGGUGCUGGGGAGCUCGUAAAAAUCGAGUUCCGCCGCGCGCGCGGCGCGCCAUCCCCUCGCGGGGCAAAAAUCGCCGCGAGGGUUUGGCGCUUGUGGCAGCACAUUUUCGUAACCUCAAGCUGAAAGCUAGCUUGGGCAGGUCAAAAAACUUUUCUUUUUCCCAAAAAUCCAGGGACUUUCUGUGCGCGUAUAAUCGCAAUCUAGAAACUAGUGACUAGUAGUGCCCCCGCACUCUGGUUUUCAGCAAAACAAAAAACAAAAUGACCUCCCUGAAAAGCGUCGGAGACCUCGUCAUCCACACAGGCAAAAAUCCUGUGGGGAGCGAGGACGUCGACGAGAAGGGCAAAGCCCUUCUGAAACUGAUCGACGGAUCACUGUUUCACCCCUCCAUGGCGGAGGCCAUGGAGGCGCUGCAAAAGCAGCUGGAGGAGAAGACGCAGUAUGAGGAUAAACUCAUCUUCUGCGCAAACAUCCAGGACUGGAUUGCAGCACUCCGACAGAUGGUCGGUGAACUUCCGGAAACGGAAUUCAUCGACACGGUCAAAAAAGACCUGGAGGACCCGCGCUUCGUGGGGGAAGGUGGAACCCUAACCGAACAGGGCACCACCUUGAUGUGGUUCCACUUGUGGUUGGGCGCAUACCACGAGGAACUAACGGCCGAACCCUGGGCCUCGAAGUCUCUGAUUAAAAAAGAGACUUUUGAAGCCGGCGCGAAGCUCGCCGAAAAACGAAAGUUUCGGGAGGAAAACCCGCAGCUGAACCUGGCGGAAGUCCCGGCGCAGACCGCCAAAAAGGAGGUGAUAGUCCGCUACCUGAUCGAGCGCACCAACAAAGAGGUGCUCAACGACUGGGACGCGAAGCCGGCCAAGACGCCGUGGACGUCGGUCCGCAAGGCGCACGAGGAGGAGGACCGAAAGCUCCUCGAAGAAGAGGAGAAGCAGCGCAAGGCGGAGCUCGAAGCCAAAAAGAAAGAGGAGGAGGACUCCGUGGACUUCGCCGACAAAAGCGAAGAGUCCUCCGAGGAGCCGCCGGAGACGGCAGCUCUGUUCAAAACGUUCGCGAAGAAGACCGCAAAGGCCAUCGCAACGGCUUUGAACAGCAGCGGAGAGGACAAAAUCCUCUCCUAUGACGACACGCGCCCGGCUAGCGAAGGAGAAAAAUUCUUCGUCUACCGACGCGUAAACGGCGUCGAGAAGAAAACAGAGGUGAAAGUCGUCUGGCCUUCCGUCUUAACUCCGGGCGAGGAAGUCGCAGACGCACAGGAGCAGUAUAAAAACUGCUUCUUCACGAACGGAGAAAAAGCCUCUAAGCAGGCGAACCACGUGCUCACCGCGUUAUUAAAACACGUGGAAAAGCACGGCCUCCGCUCCGUUUUCGACGUGGACGAAAACAGCGUCCUGAACACGACGGCAGGCCAACGCCUCAACCAAAAGGCGCUGGCGCUGCUCUUCGGAGCAUACGCGGCCGCAGGCAUCUGGGGCGAAGCCCAGGUGGGAAAAAACCAACCCAAGGUCUCAAACUGCGCCAUCGCAGGCUUUAACGGAGACAACCUGCAGCGCACAAACAGCGCGUUCCAGAACCUGGUCCGGAAACAGGUCGUCGCCAGCGUCCCGGCUGACUACUGGGACAGAUGCAACCUGGACCAGUGCUGGGAGACGCUGCGCCGCGUGGAAAGCGCCAUCAACGGCGCCACCGACCUGCAGCCCUUCGACUUCAUGACCGAGUUCAACGAGAACUUCCCAGAAAUCGCCAUCAAAAAAAUGAUGGUGUUCUUGGGAUUCAUGAAGGAAGGCUCCCGCAGCCUCGACGCGCUCCAGCAGAAGAUGAAGCGCUGGGAGACCGGGCUGGUGAACAGAUACAUGUUCAACCUGCUGGCCUGGUACAACCACUUCGGUCUCCACCUCAUCGACGAGGCGCGCUACACGGACGAGGAAGACGGGGGAAAAAUCAAACCGCCCGUCCAAAAAGCGUUCUUCAAGGAGAACAUGGAGGAAAUCAAAAAUGAAAUGUUCUCCAUGCGAGACGCCGAGGCGAGCUUAGGCAAGCCGAGAAGCGAACGUGUGACAGUCACACUGCGCUCUCGUAGCCACAGCCGCCGCCGCAGCGAAUCGCGAGAGCGAUCGGCGAGCGAAGGCCCGCAAAACCCGUUCGGCAGCGACGCCGACAGCGGCGGGGACGACGACACGGGCACAACCAUGCCGAGCGACACUUGGUUGGAGAGUUUGGAUCUGGAAAAAACAGAUUUCAACCCGGCCAUGGACCCAGUCCACAACCGCCGCCUCGACAAACGUGUCGACGUGGUGCUAGCCGAGCGCCGAAACGCGAAGGGAGGAACACGCACCACAUACUACGUGUACUUCCCUCAAACCGGCUUAGUGGAGCCGUCCGCAUUGAAGUCCCUGAAAAAUAUGGGACUCAUGCUUCCGCCGGCGGUAUGCCACUGGUUCCACGCGCACAAAGCGCAUGCGGUGCAGUCAGGCUGUCGCAACGACGCUCAACACCUGGAAUGCACACACCACCACCUCAUCGACCGCAACCGUCCUCCCCCAGACAUCACUAUCGCCAAGAGAACGUGGGCAGAAGUGAUCCGCUCGCAAAAAGAGCUGGCCGAAGUCCUCUUCUCGGCCCGGUUGGCAGGGCGAAACAUCAACCAGCAGCCAACCGGCACAGCGGCAAAACGAGCGGCAGCGAAGGACAAGGAAGCAAUCCGCCACCCGAAAGACUUCGUAAAACCGAAAGUCCAGCCGAUGAAGGCGAUGAAGGCCAAAAACGGCCGAACACGCCGCCAACCGAAAGGACCCCAGCGAAGCGACGCAAACGCGGUUCCGCUGGGACAACGGCAUCGCAACGACAGUCGCGAAAAAGACAAUCGUGGCCGCAACAAAUCGAAGCGAUCGAACGAGCGCAAAAACAGCCGCUCACGCGAUCGACGCCGAUAAAUCGAGAGUGAUGGAGGGAAAAAUCCUCCUGGGGAGAGACGUGAAGGAGCACGUUGGGAGCAAACGCUCCCUCGCGGUGUGGUGGAAGGAGCCACGCACAAGCUAGAACGCGACUAGCUGGAAGAAAAAGGCUACCGGCCUCGAGGACAACAAAUCCUCGAAAAACAGAAUGCAAAAGCAUUCGCCAUAAGCCCUCUGGUCAAAUUACCAGGGGCACCGGACCAUUAUUAAGUUAGUGGCGGAACAAUAAAUUCGUCCUUUUUGACAGAGUAAAAAACACUCUAGUUGAGAGGGAGGAAACAAAUCAAACCACCAGUGACGACUGGUGGCCGAAAGGGAAAACGCGGCGGCGGCGGCGCAGUGUUCGAGGGAGUGACGUGUUACAUCUCGUCAAGCUAAAAAGAGGGAAAACAGAGUGGGAAGGAGUUACGAGUAAGUAAAGAAGCUAGGCUGGGGAGACCACUUCAUGAGAUACGGCAGGAGGCCAAGAUCCAUGGUGGAGGUUCGCCUAAGCAGCCGCACGAACCAGCCUAGACAAAAAAGUAAGUAAGGACGAGAGAACAAACUAACUAAAUAAAAACUAAAAAGAACGUUAGAGGGAACAACAGCGAGAGAUAAAUAAAAAAGUAACAUUAAAUAAAUGUCGAAGCGGGCGGACGCACUGCGCAAAGCUGUCGAUCUAAACGACGACGAGCUGCGCGCCAUGGGAGAAGCCGACUCCACGACUAGAAACAAAAAGUCGCGAGUCGCCUUCUUCCUCGACUGGCUAGCGGCCAAGGGUGAAAAGCUACCCGUGAGGCCGGAGGCGGUGCAAAGAUUCGCCGCCUUCCUAGUGUUCAAUGAAUACACCUCAGUCGCGCAGUACACAUCCAGCAUCAUCAUGUGGCUGGUAGAACCGCCACCCGCGGAUGGCCCGCAGCGGCUAGUCGAAAGCCCCGCCAUUCUCCGAAACAUCGGGGACGUGGAAAAGGCAAUUGAACGAACAAUCCAAGACCACAACCCGAGGAAAGCAAAGCCUUUCCUACCGGGUACGAAGCUCGAGGCGCUAAAGGCAAAAGACCAAAAAAUGGUCCUCCUUUGGGCGCUAUCGGGAUUGCGGGGCGACAGCAUCGCGGCGGUGGACGACACGGACAUCUCCAAAAAAGGAGACGUGUGGCGCAUCCACAUAUCCGAAGACAAAAUCCGCAAACAACGCGGUAGGAUAAUAGAAAUCCACUGCAAUUGCGACACCAACGCAAAAACAGCUGGUGCACGAAGUCGCUUUUGCCCGAUGCACGGCGAAGGCGCUGUUAUGAGAUCUGAUUUCCCAUUAGGCAAGGCCAGGAUAAGUAGCUUGGCGAAGGGAAUUAGCGGCACGCUGCACAGCUGCAGGAGAGGACUCGCAUUGGCAACGCGACGCGAGUGGGAGCAAGGGAAAAUCUCCGUGAAGGAGGAUGAAUUCCUCACCCACAUGGGCUGGGAACAGUCCAGCAAAAUGUGGGACGAGUACACAGCCGACCACAAAACGUGGGAGGCUUCGGAAUUCAUCCCGCUGCACGGAUUGCGCAGGCGGUGGCCCUCGGGGGGGGGUCCACCCCCGCGCGUCUUCGUGCAGCCCAAGGCGGUCCAAGAGGACACCUUGGUCAAGCGGACGAUCAAGAUCACCCCCAAGCAGAAGCUACAGAAGAAAGGGCGGAUUCAACAGAAUACCGUUACCAAAAAGGUGACGGCCCUAGCGCCAAAGAGCGCCAGUAGCAGCGGCUCAGGGGCACUCAAAGCAGUACCGGGUACAAAAAACGUACGCACCUGGCGGUUCUGAACCUCCAGUCGUCGGGAAAAGGAUGGAAGGCGCACCAAGGAGGCGUCGAGAAAGGAUGGCCCAAAGGGCUGGAGGUUCAAAGUGACCUUGUCCCCCAGCGGGGGGACAACGCCUGCUACUGCCGAGGGAUUAGCCGCGCACCCGGGCCAAAGCGCCCCGGACCAAAGCGUCCGACGCGAAGAGCGAGCACCCGAAACCUCGCGGGUGCCGGUUGAUUGACUCGUAGGGCGACGGUGCACGAACACCGGCCGAGCCGCGAGAGGGGUUACGACACCCGGACGUUGGUGUGCAACUCUCUCUGGGGAGGUAAAGGCCUCCCGCCACGCUCCGUGGCAAAUUUAUGGGCCGUAGGUGCAACGACCGGCGCCGGCAAAGACCUGGGUCUGCCGAGCCAGCCUACCGUGCUGCCACAGCACUAAAAAGUAUAACUCACCAGUAGAUUUAGGAUCCCCGGGGGUUAAGUCUCCAGUUUGUAUAUAAGAUCAAGAAGAACUUCUAUAUAUAAGAUCAAGAAGAUCAUCACGGUUAAAUAAAAAUAAUUCAUCACAAUCAUUUCCUCACCCACCCAUGUUGGACAGGUCCAAACACUCCAGAACCAGAUUCCUCGUUGUUUUGACGUGAAGCUGACCAAGAUCCUUGAGCAAUACAAGGACUUUUUUCAGUGCCUCGAAGGUGGUCGCGUUGCCACGUACAAGGCUUACGAGAAUGGUCUCAUUGACGAAGAAGGCCGCGUCCGGAAAAUGCCGAAGCAGAAGGCAAAGAAGAUGACGACCAUCCUUCAGCCGCAGAUGGGGGGACAGGAAGGUGCUCCGCCUAUGGGUGGCAUGCCAGGAGGUAUGCCAGGAGGCAUGCCGAUGGAUCCGAACGCACCCUUCGGCGGCAUGCCAGGAGGAGCCCCGCCAGCGGGAUCGCCAGGUACCUAUUUUGACUUGGAAUAAAUGCAAUUUCAAGUUCUUGCUGAUUGAGAUUUCUUUUCACUUGUUAGUUCAGAAGAUAUAGAGGACUAAGUCUAAGAAAUAGAAUUGCAUCGUCCUCGUAGGAGCUCCCGCCCUCAUUUAUGCAGUUCGCUACCUUUUUGAGUGCGACUCCUACUUCUUUAUCGCAGUCUUUAUGAUUUUCUCGUAUCGAAAUCGAAAAAAACAUAACAGUCCCGUCAAUGGGAGAUCCAGGUAUGAUUACAGAUUUUACUUCACUACCUAGCUAGUACUAGUAGUUAGGGAAAAUCUAAUCCUGGUGGCUGUUGAUCAAAAGUCGAAUUUUUUCUCAUGUGGUCUACUUCAUAGCAAAGAUGAAAACGAAAUUUAGUCCUGAACAAGAGAGCAAAAGGAGGUUUUCGAUUGAGAAUGCUUGAACGAAUGCAUGUUCUUCUUGUUCAUAUGCUUAUGCAAAAUUUGAAAAACUACAAGUUUCAAAUUUUGUUUUUCAUACUAGCUGGAGUUCCGAAUUCGACUGCAGGUCCAGACGGCGCCCCCGCCAAAGGCGAAGACGCCAAGCCUGAGGAGGAGGAUGAGAACCCCGACGCCUCCCUCGUCGAUGUUCUUGAUGAGCUUGGACAAUGCGUUUUCCUCGAUGAUAGCAUGAAAUUCGCUAAGUGCGUAGCACGACUCAAGCGUAUCAGACAUGAAACUUAAGCAGGGUUUCCGAAUUACAUGAUCCCUCACUAGCAUGAUCCUUGGCUCCUUUUCAAGGGGAAAAGAGGCCAAGGAUGUUCUGAAGAAUGCAAUCCGGCAACCUCUAAGAAUAUUUCGGCUAUGAAGAUGAUGAUGCUUUGGUGUCUGUCUUCGGAAAUAUGCUGCGUCCUAAAUUAUUCCCUCAAGGUGCGCCGGGAAUGGGAAUGCCAGUUAUGAAGCGUCAUUAUCUUGAUUAAUUGCACCAUGUUCCAAACACUUAUAUCAGAAUUCGUAAGCAAAAAUUCCACAACAACUGAGAUGGAAUUUAUUUUUAGGAGAACUACAACAUCUCUCAAUAUCGCAACAACUAGAUUAGGCUUCAGUUUCAACCCUCAACAAUCUCCCCACUCUAAUCCCCGCAUGCCAAUGAUGGGACCAGGUGGAAUGGGUAUGGGAGGACCUGGCAUGAUGGGCCCGGGUAUGAUGGGACCAGGAGGCAGACCAGGACCGUAUGGAAUGGGCCCGGGUGGACCAAUGAUGGGAGGACCUAUGGGACAAAUGGGACCGGGAGGACCAUGUACCACUUAUAUAUACGAUAGGAAGGUGGUUUAGAAGAAUUAGAUGAUUUGGACUUGUGAUUAUUGGUUGGGACUUUUGGUAGGUCUUUUGUUUUGAUGUGAAGAAAGUGAAUUAGAAGUACGUGUUUGCUUGUGGAUGCAGUUUUUUUCUCUCUCUUAGGCACAAAAGUAGAAAGUCCUUCUUCUAAAUACUAACUUGCAACAUCAACUUCAACAUCUUGUUCCCCAACAACAUCUACUUCUUCCCCAACCAGUGAUGCUUCCGUCUUCCGUCCAACUUGCCGAUCCGAAGAACGCGAGAGAGAGGGAUGAGCGUGUUUCUCUCGUCGUCCGCGAAAUGAUCGUGCUGCUGCAGCAAGCACCGGAACGCACGUUGACCGUGAUCGAGUUGUGCCAGAGACCGAAGAUCCAGCUGCUGAAGAAGGGGAUUAUCGCCAAGUUUUCCUACUUCAUCCAGCAACACAGUGAGAAGUUCACGAUGGGCAAGAACCCAGAUGGAGAUAACAAGUCGGAUGUGGUCACAUUGCAGUUCGAUGAUUUGCAGUUAUGAAUCUCCUGUGAAAUAAUUACUGAGAUGUGGUGAAACUUGUGAUGAAAUUACUUUUACUAUACUGCCUCCAAUUAUGUAGUUGAUGUUCUAGUACAACACGACCUUCUUGCGUAGAUGGAGGUUCUGGAAAAAUUUGAUCACCUGAUUUUGAUCCUCAGAAGGAGGAAAACAAGAAGAGAUGAAUCCUGGAGACCGAAUUCAGGCCACCGAAUACCAGAACAGUACAGACCCCUGUAAGUGUAACGUAGUAGUCAAAUAAAAUGUAGUUCACGUAGUAGAAAUCGCGCUUGUCUAAGGAAGCUUGAAUCUCAAACCUGAUGAAACUUACUGUACUAGGCGAAUCAAGAGUAAGUAGUAGUUGUACUUCUGUUGCACUCAUCAUUCGCAAUGUCAAUGACUUCACUGUCUCCAAGGACUACUUCACUGCCCGCCCCAACUUCGCUCCCUCUCUAAUCUGCUGCGAAGAGUACCUAUCCCAGACCUUCGACCUCGACGCGCAGUACAUGGAACAAUACCCAGAACUAUCUAUGCGUGGACCCAAUGCGCCAGGAAGUGGAGCGUCCGCUAAAAAGGAAUUCGGCCAACGAAAGGGUAUGGGCAUGGGUGGUGGUAAAGUUACGAUUUUUAGAGAGUAUAGCUCAUCUCUUCGCGAAAAUCUUCUCCUUAAGUUCGUAGAUUAUAGAAGAAGUACAUUUUGGUUGAUGAGCUUGAAGAUCGUUUUCAAGUCAAAAGCAAAAUAGAUUUCUGAAAAUAAUUCGAGUCGAAAGAUGAUGAGAUAUACGGCAAGAGAUGAGCUAGAACGUAGUUUGAGCUCUAAGAACAGCAAGGGCAAGAAGGGCAAGAAGUUUGGAGGAGGCUUCGCGGCACCACCAAUGUUCGAAAACGGCAUGCGACCAGGAGUGCCGACUGGAGCGGGGUUCUGA